AUGGAGCGCGAGAGGAGCAAGGGGGAGAGGCGCGAGGUGAAGCUCGCUCUCGCCGCGUCCGGCAUGGGCCGGCGCGGCGGAGGCAGUGGGGGGAUAUCCGGGAGUCAAGACGGCGGUCACGCAGCAGCUGGCGGCGAAAAUCACGACCGAGAGAAGAAAAAGGGUGACGUGUUCAACGACGACCCCGACGGAUUUUGCCGCUACCACCAGUCCGAGCUUCACACCAACGAGCAGUUUUGUUGUCAGCAGCGACUGCGGCGCGCGCGUUCGAGAGAAGUCGCCGAGGAACGCCGCUCGGCGGUAGCCUGCGAGGGGGUAGACCGCCGCCAGGGCCCGGCCGCGGUGGCGGGCGAUGGGGAGAGGCCCGGGGCACGCGCGUUCUGGCCAGGGAAGAGAGCAGGCGUACGUGUGUACUACGCCCACGAUGAUGGUGGCUACUACGAAGACUACGGCGACUACCACGACGGAUACUACCACGGCGAUGGCUACCACGACGCCCCGUACGCCCACUACCCCGGCGGUGGGGACAGCUACAGCUUCUCCUCAGGGUACGAAGGCAGCCUUUCAUCUGACGGCGGCAUCCACUACGUCUACUACCCUCCCGCCGGCGAAGAUUCGUCAUCCGAGCAGCCACGUCAGCCCCCCCCUGCGAGCAGCAGCAGCACCGCUUCCUCCUCGUCCUCUACCCCUUCUCCUGGCGCGCCUCCGUCUUCGGGCUACCUCCACCUCUACACGGCACAAUCGGUGCCUCUAGGUGCAAGCAACAGUUUUACCAACAGUAGCCAGCACAUGUUCGACCUGCAAGAGAUCCCCGCCAUUGUAGGUGAUGGUCGACUGCUCGAAGUGCAAGCUAUCGGUAGCAUCAAUCUUAGUUUCUUUCAGGAGGAUGAGAAUGGUGGAAAAACGACGAUGUGUGUGAAGCUCACUGACUUGUCUGUAGUAGAGAGCCUGAGCUUCAACUUGUUUUCAAUGCAUGCUGUUUCUCUGAAGCAACAUAUCCUCCACGACGAGCGUGGCGCAACCCUACAAAAUGGACUGCUCUUUGCUAAAGAGGAAAAAGCGUCUGCAGCGUAUGUGAUGCGGUUGCCAUACGACCCAUCUGCGACUGUAGUAGACUCUGCUGCUUUGCCCGCAUUCGUGACUGCCCCCGAUUCCGCCCCCGCCGUUGGCUCCGCGUGUUUUUCCCAAAAAGGGGGCUCCGCGGAAUCAUGGGUGUCCUUGUUGUGCUUUCCGCCCGCUGGCGAUGCUAGCGUAAUACCUUCGAGUGAGAGCGUCCCGCCUGCCGACUCUGCCAAUGCAAUACCUCCUUCGGCGUCCGAGUUUGUGUGUGUGGAUACUUUUCCGGGUAUGGAUCUUGGAGAUACGAGUGUGCUUACCAACGAGCAGCUCAUGGAUGGCUAUGAUGACACCCCAUAUCAAGAUUUUUCCCCCGUGUUUGUCCCAGAGAGUGACGCUGCGAAUGUGGCUGGUGUUUUGGAUAGCAUAGAUGAGGGUGCUGAUUUUGACUUGGGUGCGGCCGCGCUUGGCCCUGGUGCGUCCCCGUUUGCUCUUGGUUCAACUGAAAAGUUCGUUGACAUUAACCGCUUCCACCGCUCCUUUGCCCACGCUUGCGAGCCUCUUUUGAGAGAAACUGUCCAGCAGAAAGGCAUCAUGCUCACGGGCAAGCUGGAACCGUGCACGGACUGCAUGAGGGCGAAGGGCAGGCAAGUGUCGGUGCCGCGGGGGCCGGGAGCGCGGGCGUUUAAGCCACUCGGGCGUGUUCACCUGGACCNCUUCCACCGCUCCUUUGCCCACGCUUGCGAGCCUCUUUUGAGAGAAACUGUCCAGCAGAAAGGCAUCAUGCUCACGGGCAAGCUGGAACCGUGCACGGACUGCAUGAGGGCGAAGGGCAGGCAAGUGUCGGUGCCGCGGGGGCCGGGAGCGCGGGCGUUUAAGCCACUCGGGCGUGUUCACCUGGACCUGUUGUUGGACCCCCUCCUGCGGUUCAUGCCUGAGACCACCGGGGCGACCGGUGUGUGCCUGUGUGGACCGCUGGUGCCUUCCCUGGGCGGCAACCUCUACCUGUUCGUCGCCGUGGACAGCGCCUCGCGGUGGAACAAAGUCUACGGUCUCCGGCGGAAGUCCGACGCGCUGGCGGCAACGAAAAGGCUGCUGGCGGACGUGGGGCGGUACGACCUCGGACGAAUCGAAUGUUUCCGCGUCGACAACGGCACAGAGUGGACCCGCGGCGAUUUCCGGCGCUUCUGCGACGACAACGGCAUCAACGUCGAGUUCACCCCGCCUGGCGUCCCGCAGUACAACGGCGUCGUCGAAAGCGCCAUCUGGCGCAUCAUGAAGGCUGGCAUGGCCGCCCGCCGCAGCGCUGGCCGUGUGUUCAACGUCGACUUCGCCUCCAUCCCCGGCCUCGACGAGUGCAGUGACCGUCUUAGGAUGGAAUCGGCGGAAUGGGUCGCCGACGCUCUCAACCAGUCCGUCAUCAAGGCCAACCCCGGGCGGCGCUCGCCGCACGAGAUGUUCACCGGCGAGCAAGGGCCGUUCCGCGUGCUGCCGUUCUUCCAGCCCGGCUUCAUGCGCGAGGAUCGCCGCACCAAGCUCGACGACCAGGCCACCCUCUGCUACUACCUGAACGGCGGCGAAAACCACCCGAGCGGCACCGUCAAGGUCCUCAAGGCGUCCACCGGCCGCGUCGUCUACACCAACAACGUGUCGUGGGUGACGUCGGCGCCAGCCGGCGAGGGGGGUUCCGCUGGUAUCACCGCUGCGCCGACACCCCCCCCGUUCACGCCGCCGGUCGUCUCGAUCAACUUCGGCCCAGCACCGACGCCUUCGACCGCCGCACCGCCGCCGCCAGCGCUCACGCCGUCGCCCGCUCCCGCUCCCUCUCCCGCUGCCGCUUCGCCACCUGCCGCAACGCCGCCGCCAACGACCACGCCGCCGCCCGCUCCCACGCCUUCACAGCCGACCUCACCCGCUUCGUCGUCACCGUCGGCGACGCCCGCUCCUGGCCAGCCGUCUUCUGCCGCUUCGCCGUCACCGUCGGCGACCCCCGAUCCAGACCAGCCGCCGCCGCCGCCGGACCCCGCGAUGCCCCCGCUUGCGGCUCACGCCAUGCGGCAGCUUCGCCCGGGUACAAAGGCCGAGGGUAUGACAGACCCGCGGCUGCCAAGCCGUACGAGAUCGGGCACAAGGCACAGCACAGGACUCAUCUCGAUGCUGGACAAGAACACUCUGGUGUCGAUGCUGGAGGCUCGGAGCGCGGUGGAUGAGGAGCGCAGAGAGCUGGAGGGGGCAGAGGUUGGAGAGCCGGAGGGAGCGGGGGGCGGAGAGCAGGCGGAAGCACUCGCAGCGGUGGAUCCGGAGGCUGGAGGAGCGGGCUUUCCACUCACAUGUGCCACGCUCCUCGCCAACCGGGAAGACAUCGACGCCACGCUGCGAGACCAGCGCCCGCCGGAGCAACGCCCUUACCUUCCGCACUGCCAGGCCAGCGACCUUCGUGUUCCAAAGAGCUACAAAGAGGCGAUGGCGUUGGAGCACCGGCACCUGUGGAGCGACUCCACGAAAAGGGAGUUUUAUGGCUUGUUGGAUCCGGGGGCUUUUACUCCGGCGAAGAUAUUGGCUGCUUUGGCGUGCGAGUUGAACCUCGACUUGUGUCAUUUCCAUAUUGAGCAAGCUCUUGUGCGUUCGGAGUUGGAGGAAGACGUGUACAUGCGUUUGCCGCAGGGAUGUGGAGCUCUAUCUGGAAUGAUUGUAAAACUAGCCAAGAGUCUAUAUUGCUUUAGACAGGCAUCUAGGCAGUGGCAUGCAAUGCUGAAGAUGUGCUUGGUGGCUGAAGAACCUGGAAGAGUUGAGAUGUUAUUCUGGGUGCUAUACGAGAGGAACAAGGAGUCCGGUCGAUUGACGAUUUCUCAGCAGACUUUCACGGAUGAGCUAGCAGCAGAGUAUGGAAUUGUGGAAGGUAAGAGCGUUCCGAUGUCCUCGGGGGUGAAGCUUUCUGAUUUUGAUGCGGAUGAGAUAGAGACAGACUAUCCGUUUCGUGAACCAGUCGGAUCUUUGAUGUGGCUGGCGACUCAGACAAGACCAGACAUUGCGAAUGUAAGGACAGUAGCUAGGCAUUGCUUAUCUCCAAAGCAGGUCCACUGGGAUGCAGCGAUAGGCAUUUUUGGGUAUGCGAGGAGGACGAGUCACUUCGGUAUUUCAUUUCAGAGAGGUACGGUAGAGGUAUUCAGCUUGCAGGGGUACGCUGAUGCGGACUUUGCACGCAAGGCAGNCUUGCAGGGAUACGCUGAUGCGGACUUUGCAAGCAAGGCAGCAGACCGUAGGUCGGUAUCAGGGGGGAUCGUGACGUGUUGAGGAGGCGCCGUGUCUUGGUUUUCCAGAACGCAGAAGUGUGUUACGCUUUCGACGACAGAAGCAGAGUACGUUGCGCUUGGGGACGUAGUGAAGGAGAUCUUGUUCUUGAGGCAGAUUUGGCGUUUCAUGUUGCCGCAGGUCGGCAUGCCGUGCAUCCCAGUCUUCGAGGACAACCAGGGGGCGAUUCAACUAGCGCAGAACCCCAUCUCAAACUCGAACUCGAAGCACAUAGAUGUAAGGCACCAUGUUU